AUGACGGAUCUGCUGUUCAAAGCCCAGAAGUAUAUGAAUAGGAAGGACACCCUUACGGCCAAAAGGCUAAUAGGAAAACAGAAGAAGGAAGAGACCAGUGAGUUUCAUGGUAAGAAGAAGGAUAGCAAGGACUCAUACGCAGAGCCUAAGGCCAGCAAGAGUAGUCCUGACGCCCCAAAGAGAAAGAUGAACUUCACUCCGUUAGUUAUGCCUAUGGACAAAAUCCUGAUGCAAAUAAAGGAUGUACCAAGGUUGAAAUGGCCUAAGCCAUUAAGCACGUCCUUGAGGAAGCAUGACCUAAAGAAGUACUACCAUUUUCAUAAGGAUCACGGCCAUUAUACUGAUGAGUGCCGCAAUUUGAAAAAGCAGAUAGAAGAGUUGAUCCAACAUGGAAAGAUUCAAAAGUUUGUUAACAGGGACCACCAGCCUCAAUCAAGGGCUAAGGAUAAAACCCAUGGUAAUGCAAAGGACAAUGGACGAGAUUUUCCGAAGCAAGUUGUGGGAGAGAUACGGACGAUAACAGGAAGAACCAUAUCAGAAGGGUCGUUCAAGUCUUUGAAGAAAACGUAUUACAGGCAGGACAAUAGUGUCCAUAUGAAACAUCCAUCCCUGAAGUAUCGAUGGUCAGAGAAUGAUGACAUCAAGUUUACUGAACGAGAUGUAAAUGGGAUAAAGCAACCCCAUGAUGACCCACUCAUCAUUACAUUGGGAAUAGAAGGAUUCACCACGAGGAGAGUGUUAGUUGAUAACGAAAGCUCGGCGGACAUAAUGUACAUGACGGCCUAUCAGCAGUUGAGGGUGGAUCCCAAGAAGCUCAAACCCUUUAAUUCUCCAUUGCUUAGUUUCAGUGGAGAUAGAAUUUAUACAAAGGGAAUCAUCACAUUAUCCGUCACAACUAGGGCAUACCCGGCGCAAGUGACGAUUCAAGUUUAUUUCUUGAUCGUUAAUUGCCCAUCAUCCUACAAUGUCAUUUUGGGACGACCUACUAUAAACAAGCUCAAGUUUGUGAUGUCGACUUAUUGCUUGAAAAUGAAGUUUCCAACUCCAAGCGGGGUAGGCCAAAUAUAUGGGGAUCAGCUUUUGGUCAGGGAAUGUUAUUAA